CAUCUUCACUGUUUUGUCAGGAUUAUUUCUUACUUAAGACUGGGCAACAUACUGACAUAAAGAAAAGCUAAACAAAAACGUGAGGAAUUUUAACUCGAAAUGCAAAUAAUACAAAUCAUUUACUUCACGUUAUACAUAAUCAACAUCAGCUGCAACAGCAGACAAGGUAUAGUUUUAGAGUGUUUAUUUUAUCGGUGGGAGAUGUUACUCCUUUUGAUAUUUCCUAAUGCAAAUAGCUAUAGUGAGGCCCUUAUUUCUACUAUGACAAUGAUUCGGCUCGCUGACCACUGUUUACUAUUACUCGUGUGCACCGCUGAUCCCCAGACUCCUUGGAGGACUGGUGUAUAUGUAACAGAGAGCUUGCUGGGAUAUCUGUGUGGUGACUGUCCUGGGGCAGACAUUUUACAGGGGCGUCUGCAGCCCCCCUGGUAAGGUCUUUGCGGGAGGAGGGUUCUGUUGAGCCUUUGGUUUUCUGGACCCUCCCAGCACAGGGGAAAUCAUUCGCUCUCUUGUGGAGGGUCAGUGGUAGAUGGGACCAAAAACCAUUUACAAGUUUUGCUAGCUGACUGCAUUUACGAAAGAACCCCAAGGGAAUGCGCAGUCACUAGCGUAUAGAAGUUUAAAGGGAUAGACUCCCUUUUUCCCACACUCUUUAACUGCUUAGCCCUCAAAUGUUUUCUUUUUUUUUUUAAUUGAAGUGCUUUCUUCCUACAUUUGAGCUAGACUUGUUUGUUGUCAUUUAAGCCAGCAUCUGAUUUGAAGAGAGAAGAGUGUAAUUUAUGUGGCUGUCCUUCUGACACUGGACUUGUAUUCAGAACACGAUGACACUUCUCGGAUCUGAACAUUCUUUACUCAUUCGAAGCAAGUUCAGAUCAGUCCUGCAGUUACGACUCCAGCAGAGGAGGACACGAGAGCAGCUUGCAGACCAGGGCAUCAUGCCUCCACUGAAGAGUCCAGCUGCAUUCCAAGAACAGAGGAGAAGUAUUGAACGGUCCAAGACUGGGGAUUUCUUAAGGCAUAAAAUUAGAGGUAGACAAGGGAAGUCUGAUUUGCUCAACAUGCAUAUUUUACGAGACUCAGCCACCGAGGGCUCCGUACAAGCGACUCAGAUGAAACUAAAGCGAGCCAGGCUUGCCGACGAUCUUAAUCAGAAAAUCGCUCUAAGACCCGGCCCUUUGGAGCUGGUAGAAAAGAAUAUCAUUCCUGUUGAUUCAGCUAUCAAAGAAGCUGCAAUGAAAGUGAACCAUGGGAAGUUCCUCAAAGAAGAGGAUUCGUAUGCGUUUGAGGAGGACAGCAGCAGUGACAGUCUCUCCCCUGAGCAACCUCACAGCAACGAGUCUCAGGGCUCUGUGUGCUCCUCGUCAGAAACCAAGAGCAGUGACUCCUCUUCUCCAGCCCUCGCCGGCACCCGACAGGGAUCUCAAAAGCACGACCACAAUGGUUCCCCUAUCAGUCAUGUAAGCCAAGAGGAAAGUCUGUCUAUGAUGAAUAACAGUCAGCUCACCCAACCAAUAGCUGUUCCAGCAAUUGUCAAGUCGAAAACUUCUGACAAAAACCGCCACAAAAAGCCAAAAGACGCGAAGCCCAAGGUGAAGAAGCUGAAGUACCACCAGUACAUUCCGCCGGACCAGAAAGCGGAGAAAUCCCCUCCCCCGAUGGACUCGGCCUACGCCCGGCUGCUGCAGCAGCAGCAGCUCUUCCUGCAGUUGCAGAUCCUCAGCCAGCAGAAGCACCAGCAGCACUCCCAGCAGCGCCAGCAGAACUUCAACUUCCAGCCUCUCCACUCAUCGCUCAAACAAUCUAACGAACAGCUUCCAAGAAAUUCAAACGUUUCUACGAGCACCGUGACAAGUACUUCUGCUUCUCCUGUGAAAACCACGUAUUCUGCACAGACAAAUGUUUCUGCAAUAAAACCUGGACCUUUACCCUCAAACCUGGAUGACUUAAAAGUGUCUGAGCUGAGGCAGCAGCUGAGGAUACGUGGCCUCCCUGUGUCUGGCACAAAAACAGCUCUAAUAGAAAGGCUAAGGCCCUUUAAGGACCCCAGUUCCAGCUCACCGUCCAGCUCCAGUGACAUCACCACCGUCACCUUUCCAGUAACACCCACUGGCUCACUGUCGUCUUACCAUUCGCCGAGCUCUUCUGGUGCACUGUCCAAUGGGGGUUUCUAUCAGCUGUGCAACAACAGCACAACCCCACCCAUCUCGCCAGCCUCCUCCGACCUCUCCGUUAGCGGAUCGCUUCCAGAUAGCUUCAGCGAUGUCACCAUGUCCUCCCCGCAGUUCAGUUUACACGCCUCCCCCAGGGCUGACGAGGGCUUGGCAGCAGCUCUGAACGGUGGCCGCCUGCAUCCAGAGCCCGAGGGUCUUGACGCGGAGAAAGACAAAAUGCUGGUGGAGAAACAGAAGGUGAUCGAGGAGCUGACCUGGAAGCUGCACCAGGAACAGCGGCAAGUGGAGGAACUGAAGAUGCAGCUGCAUAAGCGGAAGCGCAGCCACUGCCAGCAGGCACUGCCGCAGCAGCAGGCCCACCUUCACCCUCUGCCCCCGCAGCAGCAGACCAUCUUCGGCGUGUCAAUCAAACAGGAACACGUGGCCUCCAGUUGCCCACUGUCCUUGAAGCAAAUGAAAGGCCCUCCAAGGAGCUGCAUGGAGAGCCUGGCUCCUUGUGCUUCAACAGUCCUCUCAAACUUGGGUGGCCCUCGCUGUUUGGACGCCGCGACGGCAGGGAGUCCUGCAGGCCUGUCUGCUUUCCUGAGCCCCCAGUGCUCACCUCAGCACUCCCCCAUAGCAAAAACAGCCAGCAGUCCUCAACACAGCAGCCUGUCCUCUUCCCCAAACAGCCCCUACUUGCUGUCUGUGUCCUCUACCAGAGGGGCUGGAGAUGGUCAAAGUCAUUCUCCACAGCAGAGUGGUAACAGGCCUCGAACCAUUCAGAUCCCCCAGAAGAAUUCUGGCCCAACUGUGAGCUGCUCCUUUGCCCCAGACCAAAGGAGCUUAACACCAGUGUUUUCUAACUCGGCCAACAGCGGUUUUAACAGGGAUCAACACAAGCCAAAGGGUGCAAGUAUACAACACAAGAUGGCAAUAUUACACCCCAGGCACGUGGGUCAUAAGUGCCCCAUCUCCUCUGCUGCCUUCUGCAGCUCAGAUUCUGCUGCAUCAGAGAUUAAACAGCCCCCCUGCUAUGAAGAUGCAGUAAAGCAGCAGCUGACCAGAAGCCAGCAAAUGGAUGAACUUCUUGAUGUUCUUAUUGAAAGUGGAGAAAUGCCAGCUAACGCCAAAGAAGAGAGGCCCUUUGUAACAAAAGUUAUGCCUCACAUUACAGUUUCAGGAGGCCCCGGCAUUUCCAUCCCAAAAUUCCCCAGGCACUAUGAACACCUCCCCCCUGGCCAGGUCCCUUUUGAACACGCUGCCAGCAAUGGGGACAGUCACCUGGAGGCUAUGUUGAACAGUCCCAUGGGAAGAGCGAGUGAAGCAGCACUUCUUAAGAUGAGCACAGGAGAAGGGCAGCUGGAGGAUGGAGGAGAGAGAUUCACAGGUACCCAUCAGGAGAAGAUGCUCGGUAACCGGGACAUGAUGGAGAUGCCACUGUCCCCAAUGGAUGCCAGGAUCUCACCUGCAGCAGAGGCCCAGGGCCUUAGCGUGCCCUUCACAGAGUCCCCGUGGGAAACUAUGGAGUGGCUAGAUCUCACGCCGCCAAGCUCGGCGACUGGCUUCAGCACCAUCCCCCAAACUGCUCCCAAUAUUUUCAACGCAGAAUUCCUUGACGUCACAGACAUCCACUUGAAUUCAACCAUGGACCUUCACUUAGAGCAAUGGUGAACAUGAGAGAACCUUAGAUUUAAAGUAGCCUCACACCAAGCAAUAGCCUAAAAUUUAUGAAGCUCGCCUUAAUCUUUAAUGCUGUAUAUAACGAAGUAGGUUCUUUCUGGACAUGAUGCGCACAAUACCAGAAGCAGUCUGUAUGUACAUUUAUUUUCACACCGUUUCAGCAGAAGUAAUGUCAUAAAAAGAAAUAGCAAGGUCACCCACACAACGUAGGUAAGGUUAGGUUAGGUUAGGUUAGGUUAGAGCAGGGCAGGAAUCAGAAUUACACCAAUCAACAAUAAGGAAAAAAAAGGAAUGCGUGAUAUAUUACUGGAAAAAAUUUAAAAACUGAUUUGAAGUUUCUAUUGGGGUUUACAUAUUGGCAAAAAGAUUCAAGUAAAAAAAUCUAAAACUAUGUGUUAAACAUUAAUCACAUGUAAAUAGCAUAUUACUGUUGUUUUAAAGAAUGGAAAUCAAUAACGUAAAUGUGAUUAGCUGAAGUAUGUAUUUCAGCUGGAACUGUGGGAGGAACUGCAGUCCCACAGUGUAUUAAAAAGUAACAUAUUUUAUAUUGUACAUAGAUGAAUGACCACAUUGCACAUUGAUUAGAAUAGUACAAGAUGACACACUUUGCUUAUUUGUAGUAAUGAUUAGCUGGGAAAGAAUUUGAAUUUCCAUUCCAUGCUAGUAUUUUAGUAGCUUAAUUUGCUUUGUUUUAUUUAUUCAUUGCACUGCAGUUAUGUCGACUAAAGUGUAUAGACAACACUUUUUUUAAUGCACAGAGCUUUUUGUAAUCACUGUUCCAAAAAUGUCAGUACUUUAACAAGCUUAAAAAUUUAGGGAUGGGCAAUGAACUGAGGAAAAUCUUUUCACCAUUUCAUUUUUUAACACCUUUACAUUUUUCAUUUGAAAACAAUGUCGUAACGUCAGAAUGCAAUGCAUAGUAGCACCUAAUGUGUAGGGAGGCCUUUUCACUAUAUUCAUAUAAUUCAUACUGAUGGAAGCAUCUGCGUAAACUAUCCCAACGUGUUUUACUGACUGUAUUAUUCAUGCUUCUUUACCAGCAAACAACUUUUACAUAUCCACAUAAUGCACCUAUUGUUUCCAUGCAACUAAUUUACUGUCCUACUUGUCAUGAACUUGUCAGUCAUUUUCCAUAUAAAUAAUAGCCCACGUUUGCCAUAUAUUUUAGAAGCCAUGACUUCUCAGACAUAUUUAUUACUUUGUAAGGUUUUAUUUUGAUAUUUAUAUGUGACAUUCCAAACAUACAAUGGACAUCAGGUAAUUUAAAACCUAAAAAGCUUAAUUUAAUCAUAACUUGUUUAUUUAAAUGGUUCACUUGACAAACACUGUUUAGAUGGACUUGCAAAAUGAAAUAUAUUUAUUGAUUGUAAUUUUAUGAGACUAAUGUUUCAAAUGUUUUAAAAGUAUUCCCAUAGAUGCAUGCAAUUGACUGGAACUUUCAAUAUGGCCAAUAAUAGAUUUCCUGUAAAAAAAAUAAGUUUAAUUUUUAAAUGAAUUGACAUCAGCUAGUAGCAUCAUAGACACCAUGCAAGACCUAAAUAAGUAGCAUAUGCACCCAUAAUCUGUCUAAACAAACAAACAAAUAAAUAAAUCAGCUUGACUCGGAAAUUAUAGCUGUAACAAAACAGUAUAAGAUCCAAAUGCAGAGUUUAGCAGAUUUAAUGAAUUAUGAGGCCUAACAGGCAUGAACCAAAACCCAAGAAUCAUAGGUAUAAACACAGGUCAGAAAAACACCUAGAAUAAGACACCUAGAUCCUAAUGCGAGGUCAAAAACUGGCACAGCCACACAGACGAGCAAAGAGCAAGCUUAGUCCCUCUCAAAGGCUUUAUUUUGGAGAGGCCAUUAUAUUACAUUUAUCCUAAAGUGUGUUUGGAAUUCAGAUGAGAUGGGGUGCGGUCUGACUGGACAUGGCUGAGGGGACAUUGCACUAGAGCUGGCUAAUAAUUAGGGCAACAAUGCUACUUAAAUACAUUUGAAAUAUAUAUGAUGUCUAAUAUCUGGUGUCAAAUCUGUAAAAAUUUAAUAUGUGAAACGUUUCAGUUAUGAUAAUGUGCCAUUAAGGACAGUCAUCAUCAGAACCCUAUUCUUAUUAGAGUUCAAGCAAAUACAAGCGAUUAGUCUUGGUGUUGCAAGAAAUCUUUCUUUUCUGCUUUAUAAACUUGAGUCUCUACAGUAUGUUACGCCUUAUAGCAGAAGAGGUAUUUAUACCUCUUUGUAAACUGUUUUUCACAGUGUUUCAUAAGAACUUAUAAACAAUACAUUAAGCUGCAAUACUCUUUGAGUAAAUUUGUAUUUUUGGGGAAAAUGUGAAGCUGACCUUUAUAUAAAUAUGAAAUGCUGUGAACAUAUUUUUAUAAAAGAAUUGGGAAAUUGUCCUGUUAUGCACAUUUUAAUUAUACUGGGUUUUUUUUCCAGAAUGUAAACAAGGGACUGUUUUAUACAAUGUGUUGACACCACAUAACAAAAUGUGUUGAAUUUGUGGGGAAAAUACUUUUAAUCAAUAGUGAACUACAUUAUUAAUUUAAACUGUAAGUAACAGUAUGUGACACACUUUCCAGCUCUCCUGCAAAAACUCCAUAGAGCACAAAAAAAAAAUGAAAUCAUUACCUUAAUGAGUUCCUGCAUAAGCUUUAGUGAGACCAGGAAAGUUUGAUGGACAUGAUCAUAGACAAUUGACAGGCAACCAAACCAACCAAACCAAAAGAAUGUCUGAGUCCAUAUAAGCUAUAUUCAAUCGUUUAUUAUUGCAUUUAAAUUGAUUUUUUUUUUUUUGCUAAAUCAUGAUCUUUCCCAAACAUUCACAUGGAUGCUUCCCCUAGCUGGUAUUUUAAUGACUGAAGGCUUUUAAAAAUAUUUUGACUACUUCUGUUGUGUUGGGUGAAUGAGUAUGAAAUAAAAUGUCUUAUGAAAACAGAAAUCCAUCUUGCUACACGUGGAUUUGCUAUAAAUCCAGUAUCACAAGAACUUAUUUUGGACUUUUUGUGUACAGACAUAGUGCCCAUUUUGGUAAAACAACUUGCAAAAUGGGAAGCAGGAAAAAGGACAGAAAUCGGGUUAGAUUUGGCCCCGCUGCAUGUGCCUUAGUGUAUAUUGAUGUGAAGAGGAUGAAAUGAUUUGAAUGAUGACCACAGACAAUCACCAUGGAGACCAUCUGACAAAAAGCUUGUUGUGAUGCUUGGCCACUGAACUGCUUUAAAUGUCAAUAUCUUGUCCACAUCACUGUAUUACUGUACAAAACAAAAGCAAUAAAUGUAAAUGCAGCCAA